AUGAUGCAACUUAGGGCUCUGCGACGAGAAUUGGUGCAGAGUGUGAUGAGGGGGACAGGCUGCAGGCGGAAAUUCAUCAUAUCGGUCAGGAACGUACUGAGGUCCUUGCAGCAGAGCUCCGUUUCCCUCCAGGGCUAUAAACUUCACGUGAAAAGCUACAGAAAUCAGCCAAUAGUGAUCAACGUCAUGAACGAAAUCACCCAGCUGCAAAUCGAGUACGAUUUUCUGAAAAUUUUGCCAACCAACAACGAAGUCAUUCAUUUCGAGAAGCUCAUAUCACUGUUUCGGAAAUUCCAUCCGCAGAAAGACGCCGGUUUUGCCGUCGAAUUUGGCAAUGCCACAAAACUGCUGGGACGAGGCAAAUGUUUUAAGUUGAUGAUGAGCAGUUUCGAUGGAACACUAACAAGAAGUACAACGACAUUAUUGGGAAGUGUCCAACCGGUAUAUAGCGCUAUAGUGUUGGCGACGUUCGCCAGGCACUGCGUCGAUAAAGCGGCUGUGAUGUCUUCGGUUCCUCUGAAGGACUUCGGUGUUCUUGAUGCGAGCACCAUGCCGGAAGGUUACUGCGAUUUUGGCGGAUACAACGGCCAGGAAUGGCUGAUUGGUUUGCACCGGAAAUCGUUCGAUGACACGCCUAAGUUCAGUGAGGAACAAAGGCAGAAAAUGAACGAACUCUACCGGCUGACUGAGAAGGCGACCAGGGACAAGGAGAACGAAAUAUUCAAGAUAAUCGGCCCCGGAGUCACGCUGUACAGCUGCUGCUUGACCGCCACGUUGCAGGACUGCUACAACUCGAUACCCGUGUCAGAGUCGAAUCGGUGGUGCUCAAAGAUCAAAGCAAUGGCGGCCGAAAUCGACAAAAGUGAAGAUGCUUUUCAGAUGCUGGACGAGUCCCACGCGUUGAAGAUAUUGCCUAAGGUUCCGACGGGUGCGGUUCAUUGUACGAAGGGUGACGGCGUCGAUCGCUACCUGCAGACCACAGAGCUGAAUAUCUCAGCCGGCAAAAUACUUGUCUGUGGAAGCUCCAGAGGGGACGUGCCGCUACUGGAGGCAGUACUCCACCGCACCGCUGACAACAUGUGCACAGUGUGGGUGACUUCUGACCCGUUUCUGAAACAGCAGGUUCUGGACCUGCUGAAAGACCGCUGUGUGAACUGUUGUUUUGUGUCUUGUCCCGAGGUACUGCUUGCAGCGAUGGCCAACGCUGUUCUGUGA